AUGUUGUAUCGCGCGGUGGUUCUACCUCGGAGCCAGCAUGAGCAACCGGUGCUCUUCUACCGUCCUGCCUCCCCCGGCUACGAAAUCGGGGGCCUGACGAAGGCGGAGUGGGCCCGCCUCUGCAUUGCACACCGCUCCCGCUUUGACUCUGCCUCUAGGCUGGACGCAUGGGAGAUCUACCCUGGAGCUGGACUCGUGCGGAGCAGCAGCGACUAUUCACUCAUACCGAUGAGCUACGAGUGUCCGUGCGAAGUCAUUGUGCCCGGCUGGACCAUCACCCAGAUCGAGCAGAAAGGAUACUCGGUGUGGCUCUGGCCGAACCAUCGCUGUCGUGCACUCGCCCUUCAGGUCGGCUUUCCCACCUCCCCGGAGAUCCACACCCUUGCGCUGUGCAGCUCUACCGAGGUCAUCCUCGUCCACAUCGGACCGUGUCCCGCGUUUGAGCCACCUGUACAAGCAAUAAGAGCGAGCACACCACGACAGGCUGGAUCCUCCUGGCACACCGGCACGCGGACCCCACACGGCACUCAGAUAUAUCCCGCGCUUUGCGUCAUGGUCGUCUUCUUGCCUGGGCCGAAACUGGUCAUUCGGGAGCGGGAGGAGGACGAGUACGGUGACCCGCACCAGGAGGCUUGCUGGAUGGACCACGUCGAUAACUGGGAGGGCGGGACGAAGGCGUUUAAGCGGGGGGCGACGACCGUGCAAAUCGAGUUCAAGUCGUGCCCGGGGGCGUGGACGCACCAGCAGCAACAGCAACAGGUGGUGCGGCGGCGCCCCGGUCGCCCUAUGUUCAUGAUGAGGGUGAAGGUGAAUCCGAACCCGAAGCGGACGGGUUCGAUGUCUGCGACCACAGGCACUUCGCUUCGGUAG